UUUUACGAAAGCAAAGUAACAUAUGUUCCAAUGUCAAUGUGACGUGUCGAAUGUUUAUCAACAAAAUUGACAAUCUCAAUAUAAAGUUUUUUCAGAUAUUAAUUAUUACUAUCAGUACUUAUAUGUAGUAAAUGAAAUCGAUGAAGUAUCAAUGAAUAUGUAUAAAAAUGAUGAAAAUAACCAAUAAAUUACAUUUCAAAAUUACGGACACUAUAGUUGUUUAGCUUUAUCAUUGUAUAAAGCUAUCAUGCAUUGCAGGAAGUGGGUUAAAUUGAAAAAAAAUAAUGAUUGGUAUGAAUUGGAAUCAGAAUCGGCUACCAAUGAAAAACAAUGUCUUGUACGAAUGAAUUUUGUUCAAGCAGCAUUUGACUGCAAUAAUGAACAAGUGAUAGCAAUAGACUCCAAAGGUAUAGCUUAUUAUGUUGACUUAACGAACGUACAACCAUGUUAUCAAAAACUUGUUAUGGUAGGACAAGCUUGUUUUGUAGCAUUCAAUCCUAUAGACAAUAGCGAGAUAAUAAUAGGUCUUACCACAGCUGAUAUAAAACUUAUGAAGAUACCUGCAAAUAUCAACGAAUUUUGUUUAAUAUCAGGGCAUAAAUUACCAGCAACAAAUAUCUCUUUUUAUAAGGAUCACUGCUUAACGUGUUCUUAUAAAGAAGUUAUAAUAUGGCAUUUAAAAUCUUUUAGUAGAGUACACCAAUUACACAUUAAUACUACAAAUGUAUCUGUAAAGAAAGCAAGUUUAUCAAGCUUAGGUCACAUUGUUGUAUUAUAUCACAAUGAUAGCAUACAAACUUGGAUGUUUAAUCAGUUAGAUACUGAUACAAAAUUAGACAUAAAGAAAUUUGGUAUACGUAAUGUAAAAGACUUUGUUUUUAUACAAAAUGGAAGAGCUAUGAUAAUAGCUAGUACUCAAAAUAAAAUUAUUAUUUUAAAUACAUAUAACUGGAGUAUGAUAAAAAGUUUGAGUUUACCGGAGAAAUUCAUUGGUAUAAAAAAAAUGUCAAUUGUACCUCUGCCAUUAGAUAGUGGUGCAAAUAAAAUUGUAGCAGUUAUUUCAUCAAAUUGCACGCUGCACAUUCUUGAUUUAAAUUUGUCUUGUUUUAUUGAUAAGACACAUGUAAUCAAUAACAUUAAAAAAAUUGUCGUUUCUUCAGAUGGUAGAUAUAUAAUAAUUAUUGAAAAACAAGGACUCUUGAAAUUGACAUUUUGUGAAAAAUUAUUUCCUCAAGAACCCAUACGCACAGAAAAGUUAGAAAAAAAAUGCAGACCUCUAGCUCACAAAAUAAAUGAACAUCUCCAAUGUAUCAGACAAAAUAUAAAACAAGAAUUACGUCUAGAUAGACUAUUACUAAUUUUACAAGAAUUUGGAAAAUUUCCUGACAAAUAUCGUCAUCUUAUAUGGUCUACAAUAUUGAAACUUCCAGCUAAUAAAACUGCAUUCAUCUCUUUAAUUAAUAAUACAACACAAGGAACAGCUACCAUAAGUUUUCUUAAAAAUUACCAUUUAGCUGAUCGCAAUAAAGCAUCAUUACUAACUACAAUAAUAGAAUGUUUAAUACAAUGGUGUCCUUUACUCGCACAGACUUCAUUUUUGCCAAAUUUAAUAUUUCCAUUUCUUGUAGUGUUUCAGAAAGAUCAACUGUUUGCUUUGGAGCUUACUUUAAGUAUACUUAUAAAUUAUUGUCAAAAAUGGUUUGAAUACCAUCCCUUACCACCAUUAAAUAUUUUGGGUAUUAUCGAAAAUAUUCUUUUGAGAGCAGAUCCACAACUGCUAAAUUAUUUUUGCGAACAUGGUAUAACAUCUAUUGAAUAUGCAUGGCCAUUAUUACAGACCACAAUGAGCGAAGUAUUGUCUGGUGAUGAGUGGCUUAUUUUGUGGGACCAUUUGUUAUCUCUUCAAACACCUACUCUUUUUCUUAUGUGUGUUAUUGCUUAUAGCAUUUGCUCACGUAAUAUUAUCUUCAUGUUACAUACAGUUGAAGAUUUAAAGCGUUUCUAUAAGACACAAGGACAUGUUAGAGCUAAAGAGUUAUUAAAAAUAGCAGAACGCCUUGAUCAAAACAUUCCAUAUCGACUGCAUCCUAAUCGUUAUCUUAGAAACAAGUUGAUUCAGUUACCUGAAGAAGGGCCGUAUCCUCCACUUGUAUUAGAAGACUAUCCAAAAUUUCUUACUGAAGAAUUAAACAUCUCACAAAUUCCAAAACUUCAAAAACAAAAACAAAUUUUAGAGAGAUACAAACAAGAAGUUGUAUUAACAGAGGAAAUAAGAUUGCAUGACGCAGUAAAAACUUUUAUGGAAGAAGUUCAUAAAAAUAGACUUAAUGAAGUGAAAAAAUGUUUUCAAGUACAGUUACAUGAUAAGGAAUUAGAAUUAAAUGAAAUAAUGGAACGAAUGAAAGGAGAACCAGUACCAUAUAAAUAUAUAGGAAGAAAACUUUCUGAUUUGAUAGCAAAUUUAGAAUCAGAAACAAAUAGUAGUAUGAAUUCAGAAAAUACUACAACAUUGGAUGAUAAAGAAUUUAUAAAUUGUGCAAAAUUGCAAAGAGAUGUGGCUAGGUUAGAAGAUGAAGUACGAGAUGUUUUAGAUUCAUUGAGGUGCAAUAGAUAAGUAAAUAUUAUUUAAUUUUUAAUCUACAUUCUUAAAUAUUUACUAAGAAAUUUAAUCAUGCAGAAAAUGUGUAUGUAUUUCAAAAUGUACGUGAGUAUAUAUUUUAAUAUAAAUGUAUUUUUUAUAUUAUA